CCCCUCCCUUCCCCGCCGCUGCCUAUAUAUAAGCUCGAGCUCGAGGCGCCCCCGCCGCGGAGCCUCCCUUCCCGUGUCUUCGAGCCGCCAGAGGCGGGCUGGGUGCCUUUCCAUCAGCAGUGGCGCCAGCGCUGCGGGGCCCGAGCUCGGGUCUUUUUCAACCAAUCCGGACUAGCUUCAUCCAAAUUUUUCACACUCUCUCCUCCCUUCCUUGUUUCUUUUACUAUUUUUCUCCCAUUCUGUUCUUUGGAAUAUUCCUGCAUUUUUAAGAUCUCAAGAUGGUGCAGAAAAAAACCGAGCUUAAAGGCUUCCAUCGUUCUUUUAAGGGCCAGAAUCCUUUCGACCUGGAAUUCUCUCAGAAUCUGGAGUCUGUCUUCAAUUUUGAAUGUUCCUCUCGGCCCGAUAUGCCUUCGAGUCAGCCCAUCGACAUCCCCAAUGCCAAGAAAAGAAACAAGAAGAAAAAACGCUGCAGAGCUACGGACAGUUUUUCAGGGAGGUUUGAAGAUGUUUACCAGCUCCAGGAAGAGGUCCUUGGAGAAGGAGCACAUGCAAAAGUCCAGGCCUGUGUUAACCUCAUUACUAACAAGGAGUACGCCGUGAAGAUAAUUGAGAAGCGUCUUGGACACAUCCGAAAUCGGGUAUUUCGAGAAGUGGAAAUGCUGUAUCAGUGCCAAGGACACAGGAACAUCCUGGAGCUGAUCGAGUUUUUUGAAGAAGAGGACCGGUUCUACCUCGUGUUUGAGAAGAUGAGAGGAGGCUCCAUCUUAACCCAUAUCCACCGUCGACGCCAUUUCAAUGAGCUAGAGGCCAGCAUGGUGGUGCACGACAUAGCCAGUGCCCUUAAUUUCUUGCACAAUAAAGGAAUAGCACAUAGAGAUUUAAAACCAGAAAAUAUUCUCUGUGAGAGUUCAAAUCAGGUGUCCCCGGUGAAAAUCUGUGAUUUCGAUUUAGGAAGUGGGAUCAAGCUGAAUGGUGAUUGUUCUCCCAUCUCCACCCCAGAGCUUCUGACUCCAUGCGGUUCAGCAGAAUAUAUGGCUCCAGAAGUGGUGGAGGCCUUCAGUGAAGAAGCAUCCAUUUACGACAAGCGCUGCGAUUUAUGGAGCUUGGGAGUCAUUCUGUACAUCAUGUUGAGCGGUUACCCCCCUUUUGUGGGUCACUGUGGGACCGACUGCGGCUGGGACCGCGGUGAAGCCUGCCCUGCUUGCCAGAAUAUGCUGUUUGAAAGCAUCCAGGAGGGGAAAUACGAAUUCCCAGACAAGGACUGGGCUCACAUCUCUUUCGAAGCUAAAGACCUCAUUUCAAAGCUUCUUGUAAGAGAUGCCAAAAAGCGUCUGAGUGCAGCCGAAGUCCUCAAGCAUCCUUGGGUACAAGGGUGUGCUCCUGAUAACACGCUCCCCACUCCAAUCAUCCUACAAAGGAACAGCAGUGCCAAAGAGUUGACAUCGUUUGCCGCCGAAGCCAUUGCGGUCAACCGUCAGUUAAUGCAGCACGAGGAGGAAGCUGCAGAGGAGACCCACCCCAUUAUCAUCAAAGCUACCUCAUGCUCUAUGCACCUCUCUCCUCCUUCCGAAUCCAAGCUGGCCAAACGGAGACAGAAGACAAGCAUGGCUAAAGCGAACCCAACCCAGCAUCUGGUGACCCCCUUGGUCAUGGUUGGGGAUCACAUGUGACUGCCUUCCCUUCUAUACGUCCAUUCUUCCAUUCUUUUCCCCCCCACCCCCACCAUCCCAUCCCUUUUGUGUCUCUUCUUCUUCGGACAAAAAAAAGUCUGCUUGAAUAGCUUAACAAAAGAUCAAGAUCAAGUUGGCUGGUUUCCAAGGAUUCUUUUCUGUCUUUGAUCUUGUUUUGUUUGGUUUCUUGUUCCGUUUUGUUUCUCUCUCUUUCUCGCUCUCUCUUUUGAAAAGCUAUUUAAAUUCUAUUCCUCCCUUCCCUUGUUUCCCCUCUUCCCAGUGCAUUUUGAUACACACAUAAUUUUUUCCUAAAAAGUUUAAAAAAAAAAUCCCUUCCUCCCCACUGAAGGAUAGCUUAUCUGGGGGGCUUCUCUUCUCUUCUUUUCUUCCCCCCCCCCUUUUCUCUCGGCUUCUUGUACUGUGAAAAGAGGGGAGGAAAAAAAAACCUUUCCCUUGUCUGUUCCACACAAAACUUUUAAACGUAGCAUUUUUAUGUUUGGAGAGUGUUUGCUUUUCUUUUCUUUCCUUUUUUUUUUACGUUUAUUUUAAUUUUGUUCUUGCUAUUAGUUUCUUUUUUUAAACAAACAAGGAAACAAAACUACUUGGAUUCUGUAUGGUUUGAGGGUGGGAGGGAUGAGGAUUUAUCUUGUCUUUUUUUUCCCCAAAAGCACUGGAGUGACUUAAGGUGGGGGAGGAGGGAAACAAUUACAGUCCAUCGAUUGUAUGAAUGUUCAUUGAUGGGGAAAAUUUAGGGAAAAUUGCAGAGUCUUCCCUAAGACUGUAGAUUCUAUAAGCUGAAAGUAGUUGUAUCUGGGAUAUAAACUGAAGGGGGAGUUGGGAAGAGGAAACCCAUAUAUAUAGGGAGAAAUUCCUUCUCCCCACCCCCUGGCACCAUUCACAGCACUUAUUUUGUAUUUUGUUAGUUGUUUUUUCUCAAGGGGCCAAGCUGUGGAUAACACAAGAACCCUAAUUUGUUUCAAUCCAGAUAUGUCCUAGUAACAUGGGAGGGGUCCAAUAUUUUUUUUUUUAGAGCAGAAGGGAUGCACGUUUUAGGAUCUACCAUAGUGGAAUCUAAACCCUUAUGGGUUUUUCUCCCAUUUGAUACGGAGAGAUAAAAGAAAGGUGAAAAAAGUUCUAGUAGAAAGGAAAGAUUUUACUACCUUCCAUAGAGUGAGCCAUAGUUUCUCAACCUUGGCAACUUGAAGACGGGUGGACUUCAACGUCCAGAAUUCCCCAGCCAAUAUGGCUGGCUGGGGAAUUCUGGGAGUUGAAGUCCACACGUCUUCAAACUGUCAAGGUUGGGAAACAUUGAAGUAUAAGCUAUUGGGGUGGGGGGACGGGAACGAGUGAGGCUUAAUCUGAAGAGAAGGUAGUCAACAUUAAUUAAACCAUCCUCUGCAGGGCUGUAAUAAUCUUUGCAAAAAUAUUCAUAGAGAUACGUAUAAUUGCUUCAGAGUUUGCAAAUGUAGGAUGCCCUCGUAGAUUAAAUUCUUAUCAUGGCAGAAUAGUUUAUGGCAAUCCUUUACAACUUUUACUGAUUUCUUUAAUUUUUUAAAACCAAGGUGAUGCGCUGUUUGAUCGCCCCAUCCCAAAGGCAGACUAUGGCUUGAGGGAAUUAUUUCAAAAUGUUUCCCAGUCUUUGGAGCCUUUAAGCUUUGGUUCUACUCUGAACCAAUAUAGAUAGAAUUCCUCAGGGAUGGUUGCUUCCUACGGGGACUAAUUAAUUUGGGAAACCUCUUGCCUCCCGUUCUCACGACGACAGAACGACAGUUCUUAUAAUUGUGGGUUUUGUGUGAGAAAACAACACCGAAUCUAGUUUAAAGCUAGAACUGUAAGCUUGGGAGCAGGGGCAGAACUAUAAAUCAAACUCAGGAUGGUGCAUUCAGAUGUGCUAAAAUGGUCACAUACCUGUUUCUUUGGAAGGAAGGAAGAGAAACCUUUGGAUGCGUGUGGUGUCUCAUGCAGAGAAGGAAUUGGAAGAUUGAGUAAUUUUUAAAAAACAAAACAAAACAGUUUUAACGCGUGAAAUUGAAGCAGUGAGCAAGUAGCAUAUUGGGGUGAAAGCCUGGUAGAAGAUUCUCCAAGAGGGAUGUGAAGAGAGACAAAAAUAGUAUUUGGUUAGUGGUCCUCUUUGGCGUCCACCUCUUCUCAUCACCCUUUCUGGCCAGAACAUAAGCAUCAAAAUGAGGAUUGCCAGACAACUGCCAGUAGUUUGUGCUGUUGCUGUUUGGCCCUCAUCAUUUUCUCCAUUCUUCCAUUGUAUUCCAGUGUUUAGCAUCUAAGCAUCCUGGGAAUUGCCUGCAUUGUGAGGCCACAAGACUCACAAAAAAUCUCGGAAAUUAAAUGGCAGAUCCAAACUAUUGGAUGAGGGAUGUUGCUCAGCUGCUGCCUGUUGAUGCUUCGUCUAGAGGAGGUCAGGGGGCCAACCUGAAAGCAUUUCUGUAGGGUCUCCUUCAAUCCCGAUACUAAUCUUUGAUAUGAGACUGUCCUCAGUGUGUGCCCAGCCCAUGGUUGGGUGUCAGUAUCCUGUUCUUCUUGGAUCAGUGAUGGUGGAUGAGAGGUGCCUCCAAAGCAAGGGUGGCAUUCACUUACCUUAGCUACUGGUUCGCAAAUGGGAGGGCACUUUUGCUUUGCUUGCACACGCCACCUCCGCACAUGCACCAAGAGCAUAAAAAAUGGGACGUGAUGACAUCCAGGCAGAUGGGCGGAGUCUUCCGCAGCCGGCCCUACCAGUUUGCCCGAAACGGAUAGAAUCGGCUGAACAGCACCACUGCUCCAGGGGCAUUCUUUUAUGUUAAUAGGCCAAGAGCUGAAGGGGGGAAAAAUGCAUACCAUCUGCCUCUUAAAAUCUUGGCAACUUUAAGACCCUAUGGGCUCCCAGAAUUCCCCAGAUAGCAUGUCUAGCUGGGGAAUUCUGGGAGUUGAAGUCGACAAAUCUUAAAAGUUGCUCAGAGUUAGACACCCCUGUCUUAAAAGGCUGGAAUAUAAUGAAACAUGACGCUGCUUUCCAGGUGUACCUGGAAAUUUAGACUAUUGGCUGUUGGUGUCCACUGGGCGAGAAUCGAUCCCUUCCCCCCCCCACUUGCUCUGAGACAAAUGUAGCUCCAAGUGGGCUCUCAAAAAUUUCUCGAAAAGACUGCGCACACAUCCAGGCAGCGAAAAUAUUUGUACAUAAAUCAGUAUUGCAUCAUGAUGUGGAUUGGAAAAUAUUCUUGAAUGUGUGUUUGUGUGUGUGGUGCCUUGAUAACGGUGGCAGUUGUGACUAGGCUGUGGGUGGGCAGAUACUUUUUGCCAUGCUCAAAUCUAGUACUGUGGUAUUUCUGCCUACCUUCCUUUAUGCAUAAGCUACACAGGGCAAGCUGCAGCCCUAUGGAUUUUAACUUGGGAGCUACCCCGACUGAAUUCUGUUGGAUUUGCUAAUCCAAGUAUGUGUAGGGCUGGUUGAUGGCUGAAGGGCUGCCCUUUCUAAGUGUAAAAGUAUGGAUGGGAAAGCCUUCAGAGCUGGAGUCUCCAACCUUGACAAUUUUAAGACUUGUGGACUUCAAGUCUUUGCUGGCUGAGGAAUUCUGAGAGUUGAAGUCCUCAAGUCAAAAGUUGCCAAGGUUGGAGAACCCUGCUUCAGAGAAUCCAAGGGGAGGAUCAACCAAUUAGUUUCACUUUGGAGGUGAAAGUUGUUGUUGAAAUCUAGCUAGGGAAGUGGUUUUGAAACUUAGCGUGGUUUGCUGUGCAUGGCAAGGGAGAAUUUUGCUUAUUAUCUUAAGGUCAGUUUGGCCUAUUUGAUCUCCUUUCUAAGCCUUGGGAUUGAUUUUUUUUUUAUCCAGUGAUAAUAAGGUGGAUCCUCUCCAGGACUUUGGUAGAAUUGGUUGAACAGCCAUGUGUUAUCAACUCAAUCUUGAGUGGUUGCGGCAAAACAUCUGCUGGUGACUUCAGCUGCUAUCCAGAUGUGCACGUAUGUGGGCGUAUGUGGUCUAAGAAAGAUGCUUGUCUCUGAAUAAAGACUUUUUAAGUAACAAUACUAUGCAAAGAAGUUUGAAUCAUUUUGCUGAGAGAGUAAUCUUUUUUUCAGAUGCAGGAUAAUUGAUUUUUUAUUUUUGGGGGGAUAAGUGUUGAGGCUUGUAAAAUAACUCGUCAUCUCCUUUCUUUUCUACUUUUUGAUAUUUUUCUCUUGCUUUCUUGACAGAAGGUAAAGCAGAUGGGAUGUCUCUUUUAGUAUGGUUUGCUUGUUGUGACCUUGGCGGUCUUUUCCAACAGAUGUGCUUUCAUUAAGGAAUGGGGUAGGAAGACGGUAGUGUCUGAAAUAAUGAGGUGCAAGAAUACACUGGUUAGCUGAGCAGGCUACAUAAUUGGAGAAAUUAUUUUUAAAUCAAAGAGCUUUUUAUCAUACAUUUAAAACAAAAUUCUACAUAGAAUUUUGGAUUUUGUCUCCAGUGAUCUUAAUCUUGUGGCCAGAAAUUACUUGAACAAACAGUGAUGGGUUCAAAGCCCUUUUUGCUCAAGAAAGCUGCAGUAUAUGGCUUCUAAAUUGCCUGAUAUUUAAUCCUGACAGGAUUAGAAGCAGCUUCCAGUGUGGAUGUUCUCAUUCAGAUGGUUUUAAGCUGUGUGGUGGGAUAUAAUUUGCUUCGUUCUUGCUUUUCUGUUGUUGUUGUUGUUGUUGUUUAUGCUGUGUCCUUCAAAAAGAAAGAUAGCUUUAAGAACAGUUUAUCAAAAGUUAGGAAUAUAUUUAUACACUGAUUUCGCUUUCCCUCUAGAGCAUCCAUUCCCCAGAAGUGACAUGGUACCUUGUACUUAGUUGAGCAUUUUAGCUUGGUCUGCAACAACUCUAUAUAUCUUUCGAUCAUAGGGACAGUGUGUGUGGCAGGUUCAUCUGAAAAAACAAUUGUCUAAAAUGUCCUCCUCCCCAACCAUUUGGGAUACUAGUUUGGGAGAAGGAAAACUUGCCUUCUACUUCCAUCUGUUUCAUUCUUAAAGGGCCAAAACGGGGCCCCUGUGAUGCUUAUGGUAUGCUUAUAGGUUGGGAACAAUGGACAGUGACUUUCAAACCAGCAUUCUUAGUUGAAACGUGUAAUCUUUUUAAAACAAGGAUACUUCUCAGGAUUAUUAUAUCAACACGUGAAGGAUUGCUCAUAUUCCUUUUUUUUUUUUUUUUUUUUGACUCAUUCGUGCCUGAUAUUUAAGAAACAAAACAUCCUAGAUCAUUUAUGAAGUGUUUGGAAUUGUGUGACAGACUUGUGCACAGUUACAAAAUAAAAUCAUGUAGAUCACCAAAUAAUAAUAGCUUUUGUAUCCCCUCUCCUGUGUGUGGGUCAUCUUAACAUACAUACAUACAUAAAACCCUUCUCUGCAGAGUUGCACAUUUUUUAGUACGUGCAAGAGCAGUGGGUCAGAAUUGUGACCCCGGGAAAGUGUGCUUUUUAAUUGGUGAGGUUUUUAAAGCAAAUAAAUUGUCUUUGGCGGGUGGGUGGGUAGGUGAAGUAAUCUCAUAUAAAAACAUUGCUAAGAUCAUAUUUACUCUGGGAUUGUGCAUCUGAUCUGAAUAAUCUUGAGUGAAAGGAGUCAAAUGUAUCCAAAAGUGAAGUCUCUCCUAUCUUAUCUGUUAUGAAAGGAUGAUGUUUCUAUGCCCAUUGAAAUGGGUGGUUGUGGUUUGUUGGCACUGGGGUGGGGUUUUUUUUGUCCUUCUUUUUAAGGCUUCUGUCAAAAUAACAUAACUUGCCUUAAACUUGUUUCCUUUGCAAUGUGGAAUUCCAUCUUGGUUUGGGCUUGAUUUUUGUAAGAUGAAGGUGCAUCGACUCUUCAGGUUUUGAAUGAAAUAUGUUAAGUGCAUCCAAAUUCCAUCCUGGAGGGAGAUAACUGUAAACCAGGGGGUGGCUUUUCUGCACUUGAUGAAAUAGCCCCUGCUGAAAUUUCACCAAUAGGUGAUUGGAUUGGGAAAGACUAGGAAUUCAGCAUUUGAAGUGCAUUCGUUCCCAAAUCUAGUGGGAAAGAAGCAGCUAAACUAGAAAUGGUUGUUUUCAGUGUUGGGUUUUCUCUGAUGACUUCAAGAUGGAGAUGGUGGAAGAAAAUAGAACCCACUUUAAUACAGAGGCACUUAGCACCAUAGAAAACAAGGUGACUUGAGCCUCAAGUAAUCUGUCUUUUUCCAUGGGGUUUGAAAACAGAAUUAUCAUUUGUAGUAUUUACGCCUUUGGCAAUAUAUAUAUAUCUUUGAUUCCGUUUCCUGUUCCUAAUUUCAACUGGACACAGAUGAAACUUUUUCCCUGUGAGCAGUUUUUGAGGCUUGCAUUGUCUUAUUUCCACACCUCACCCAGAGGGAUUUGAUUUGUGGUAGUUUGGAUUCUGAAACCUGUAAUCUCCUCAUAUCUGGAGGCUACAAGGUUAGAAAAAAGCAGUCUAGACUUCUUUUCCCCCUUGAUUUUCCUUCCUCUCCUUCCCUGUAUUCCUUUUUUGUGUGUGUGAGACCAAAAUUGAUGGUGCUUAGAUUUCUUGCUUCUUAAAUCAGUUGGAAUUAGAGGGAUGGAAGAGAUGAGAGUGCUUGGAGGUAUUUAGACUACUCAAGAUCCUUUGGAUUAACCCCCAGGAAUUCUGUGAAAUGGGCAUAUAGCUUCUCUCCACUGGAGAGCCUUAAAAUCCUGUCCUGUCCUGCGCAGUUCCCUAGAUUUGGAAGCCCAAAGAGUUAAACUAUGUUUAAAGUCACUAGUUCUUCUGAAGAAAUGGACUUGUGCCUCUGGACAGACAUAGGAAUGCCUCCAACAUAUGCUCCCUUGACAUCUCAACCAUCUAUUUUUCCUCUCAAGAUUGCUUUCCAUAUAUUUAUAGUUUGCAUUGUGUUACUUUUCAAUUAGUUGUGCACAGAUUAUUCUGUUCUUGCCAAAAUUCUUACUUUCAAACUUUUGUAUCCCACACCCCCAGUAUUUUUCUUUGUAAAAAUGUUUAUUGGAAAGCAUCUUGUUUUGUACCUCCACGAGUUUUAAUUAGCUGCAUAUAUGAGGACAGGAGAAAUGUCUUGAUGCAUCUUUGACUUAAUGCCCUCCUCUCCUCAAUUUAAGUCUAUUUAGAACUGGUUAUUUAGCAUUUUACUGUGAAGUUGGUUUCUUUUUUUUUUCUUUUAUGAGAAAAAUCAGUUCAGGAAAAAAUAUUUUCCUCUGAUUACCAUAAAAGACUGCCAAAGGUUUUGUUUUCUGACAUAAAGUCACCUUAAUGCACCACUGGGGACUAUAGAUGCAAGGGUCCUUCAGCAAGGGACUGGUUUGAAAAUGACAAAUUAAAAAAAAAAACUUUUAAAAUCUUAAAAAAAAAACAAAGCACUUUAUUAUGUACCAGGUGAACUGAUUCAGCUUGAUGGAACUUUUUCCUUUGUAACACCUUGUUGAUGCCAGAAUUUUUUGUAUUCUGUUUUGUAAGAAUUUAAUAAAUGCAUUGAAACAUG